GCAAAUGCUGGCAAGCUGGAAGGACACUGUCUGGCUUUUGUGGAGAGGAAUGGCGUGGAACGGGAGACGGAGCGGAGGCAGCCCCAGGCAAGUGAUCGUCUUCCUUCUGUGCGUUUGCGUGUGGCAGAGCGCGGCCGAAAGCCUCCGCUAUUCUCUGGCGGAGGAGAUGGAGAGGGACUCGUUGGUGGGCAAUAUCGCGCAGGACCUGGGGCUUGCUCCGAGCCAGCUGGCGGCUCGCAAGGCGCGCGUUGUGUCCGAGGGGAGCCAGCAGCUUUUCCGCCUGAACCCGAGCAGCGGAGUGCUGACGGCCAAGGAGUCUCUGGACCGAGAGGAGAUCUGUCCACAGAGAGAGACCUGCACACUCUUCUUUAAGGUGUUUCUUGACAACCCGUUGGAGCUGAUCCGAGGGGAAGUGGAGCUUCUUGACGUGAAUGACAAUUCCCCUGUGUUCCCACAGGAGGAAAUGGUUUUAGAGAUUUCCGAAAUGACCUCUCCAGGGUCCCGUUUCCCUAUUGAAAGUGCCCGUGACAAGGACCCGGGCAGCAACGGCUUGCAGAAUUACAGCCUCGAAUCGAAUAUGCAUUUCUCCCUAGCUUUCGGAAACGGGAAAGGAGGAGGAAAAUAUCCAGAGCUUGUCCUAGAGAAGCAACUGGACCGAGAAGAGCAACCAGUGCUGAAUUUACUUCUGACAGCCACCGACGGAGGAUCCCCACCCAAGUCAGGCAUGGCUCACAUCCGGAUCGUAGUGCUAGAUGCCAAUGACAACACCCCGACGUUCAGUCGAGAGACUUACGAAGUGCGUUUGGAAGAGAACAGCUCCCCGGGGCAGAUCGUGGCCAGAAUCGAGGCCACAGAUCCUGACGAAGGGUCCUACGGUAAAGUGCAGUACGCGUUCACCCAAACACUGGAGGGAUCUCAGCAGCUCUUCGACCUGAAUCCUGAUACAGGAGAGAUUCGGUUAGCAGGAAAACUGGACUUCGAGGAUGUACAAAAGCACGAGAUGAUGGUGAAAGCCACCGACGGCGGAGGGUUGUAUACUAACUGCAAAGUGCAGGUGCAGAUCAUGGACGUAAAUGACAACCCCCCAGAGAUAGCGCUGACCUCACACACUGCCUCUAUUCCCGAGGACGCUCCCCCACGCACUGUGGUGGCACUCUUCAGCGUGCGAGACCGGGACUCAGGUGACAACGGUAGGACGGAGUGCACCAUCGAUGGGGACCUACCCUUUACCCUCACUCCCACAUUCGAUAAUUACUACGAGCUGAGAACCAGCGCGGCACUGGACAGGGAGACGACGGCGGAGUACAACAUCAGCAUCCGAGCGACGGACUGGGGCCAGCGGCGCCUGAGCGCCCUUGAAAGCCUGUGGGUGCAGGUGGGGGACGUGAACGACAACGCCCCCGCCUUCAGCCAGGAGCUGUACAGCCUGUGGCUGACGGAGAACAACAGGCCGAUGGUGCGCAUCGGGCGCGUGCAGGCGAGCGACGCGGACGCGGGCAGCAACGCGCGCGUGCAGUACGCGCUGGUGCGCGGGGAGGGCGCGGAGCAGCCCGCGCUGUCGGUGAACGCGGAGAGCGGCGAGGUGUACGUGGUGCGGGCGCUGGACUACGAGCGGCUGCGCGCCUUGGAGGUGCGGGUGCGCGCCACGGACGGCGGCUGGCCGGCGCUGAGCGCGCAGGCGGUGCUGCGCGUGCUGGUGCGCGACGAGAACGACAACGCGCCGGUGGUGCUGCACCCGGGCGGCGAGAGCGGCGCGGGCGCGGGCGAGCUGGUGCCGCGCUGGGCGCCGGCGGGCUACCUGGUGGCCAAGGUGGUGGCGGUGGACGCGGACGCGGGCCAGAACGCCUGGCUGUCGUACGAGCUGGCCAAGGCCACGGAGCCGGGGCUCUUCCGCCUCGGGCCGCACAGCGGCGAGCUGCGCACGGCCAGGGCCGUGGCCGAGCGCGACGCGCCCCGACACAGCCUCGUCGUGCUCGUGCGAGACCGCGGCCAGCCGCCGCGCUCGGCCAGCGCCACCCUCGCCGUCGCCCUGCUCCGCGACUUCUCCGACGCCCACGCAAGCCUCGCCCACGACCCGCCGCCCCACGAGCCCGACCACACGCUCACGCUCUACCUCAUCGCCUGCCUGGCCUGCGUCUCCGCGCUCUGCCUGGCCACCGGCCUGGCCGCGCUGCUCACGAAGCUGCGGCGGGACCGGCGCAAGCGCGCCGAGCCCUUGCCCACCUUCCCGACGGCUGUGGCCGACAGCGACGCAGGCUCCCUUCCCCGCAGCCUGGUGUACGACGUCUGCUUGGCCACCGGCACCCUGAGCAGCGACUUUCACUUCCUGGGGCCUCUCUUGCCCUGCUUCUCGGCCGGCCUGCACCCCAGCAAUGCCGCUCAGCGGAGCUCGGUAAUCUCUCAAGAUGUUGCGAACGUCGGAGAAGAAGGCGACUCAGUUGCACAGGGCAAGAAGGACUAA